GCUGAGGGCCGCCGAGCCGGGCGAGGCGCUCGGGAUGGGCCGCUCCCGUUCGCGGAGCUCGUCCCACUCCAAGCGCGUCAAGAGCUCCAAGCACAACAAGAAGAACCGGAGCCGCUCGCGGUCCCGCUCCCGGGAGAAAGAGCGCGCGCGCAAGCGCUCCAAGUCCCGGGAGGCCAAGCGCAGCCGGCGGCGGGAGUCCCGCUCCCGGUCGCGCUCCAACACCGCCCCGUCCCGCCGGGAGCGCGAGCGCGAGCGGGAGCGCGAGCGCGCCUCCUCCCCGCCCGACCGCAUCGACAUCUUCGGCCGCACCGUCAGCAAGCGCAGCAGCCUCGACGAGAAGCAGAAGCGGGAGGAGGAGGAGAAGAAGGCCGAGUUCGAGCGGCAGCGGAAAAUUCGGCAGCAAGAAAUAGAAGAGAAGCUUAUCGAGGAAGAGACAGCCCGAAGAGUGGAAGAACUUGUGGCCAAGAGAGUGGAAGAAGAGCUAGAGAAGCGAAAAGAUGAGAUUGAGCGGGAAGUUCUUCGCAGGGUGGAGGAAGCUAAACGCAUCAUGGAAAAACAGUUGCUCGAAGAACUCGAGCGACAGAGACAAGCUGAACUUGCGGCACAAAAGGCCAGAGAGGAGGAAGAGCGUGCAAAGCGUGAGGAGCUAGAGCGAAUACUAGAAGAGAAUAAUCGAAAAAUCGCAGAAGCACAAGCUAAAUUGGCUGAAGAACAGUUGAAAAUCGUUGAAGAACAAAGAAAAAUUCAUGAGGAGAGGAUGAAACUAGAGCAAGAGAGACAACGUCAGCAAAAGGAAGAGCAAAAAAUGAUCCUGGGCAAGGGGAAGUCUAGGCCAAAACUGUCAUUCUCACUAAAGAGUCAGGAUUAAAUUUCAGCUCUGAACUCUAAUGGAAAAUGAAACAAACUUUGUAUAGUAGCUUCAUGUUGAAGUGUUUUUUUUUAUUUUUCUUUC